AUGGACAUGUCUUUACGUUCAGGGAAUUCGCAACAACAAAAACAACAAAAUCGUUAUAUGCUUGUUUGCUUCGUUGUUGAUUUGGAUAGACAAAAUAUUGGGGAUUUGGAUGAAUUGUUAAAAUCUGCAAAAGUUGGGGCUAAUAGAUUAAAUCAACUUCAUGGAUGGGAGCAGAAUUGGCAAUUUACUGGUAUUCCUCUUAGCCAACCACCUUUGUUUGAGCCGGAGGUUUUUUUCUGA